CCCUAAUUGAACGAACACUCUCUAUAUAAACCUCCAGAGCCUUAAGCUUAUCAUCGAAGCUGGGACGGCCAAGGGAAACCCUAAUACCUUAGUAGGCGAAAAUGGCGGUGCCUUUGCUCACGAAGAAGAUCGUGAAGAAGAGGGCCCAGAAGUUCAAGAGGCCCCAGAGUGAUCGAAAGAUCUCCGUCAAGGAAAGCUGGAGAAGACCAAAGGGUAUUGAUUCCAGAGUUAGAAGAAAGUUCAAAGGAUGUACGCUGAUGCCGAAUAUUGGUUAUGGUACUGACAAAAAGACCCGUCACUACCUUCCUAAUGGUUUCAAGAAGUUCGUUGUUCACAAUGUCAAGGAGCUCGAGGUCUUGAUGAUGCACAACAGGACUUAUUGUGCUGAAAUUGCCCACGAUGUUUCCACAAGGAAGAGGAAAGAGAUUGUGGAAAGAGCAGCCCAACUUGAUGUUGUAGUUACCAACAAGCUUGCUAGGUUGCGCAGCCAAGAGGAUGAAUGAACAACUUAGAACAUUAAAAUGCAGUUUUCAUUAUGCUUUGUAGUGAGAUUUGGUUAAUAUAUACUUUUUUUGGUUCAUGAAAUUUUGAUAUUUAAUGACCUCUGAAGUUGCUACUGUCAUCUAAACAAUAUAUUUGCAACCUUGAAUUUUGUGGUGUUUUAUUCUCCUGCCUGCUUGUUGACAAGAUUGCUCGACUUUUCAUCAA